AUGAUUCUACUUAGAUUGAUUACAACAGUUGCGGCAUUGGCUGCUACAGUCACUGCUGGGGUGACGAGAGGAUUGAUAAUCAGCCUAGAUAACGAAACUGCCAUGGAUGUCGAUACGACGACCCUGGGUAAUCUGAAUCUGUACGAACAAUACUCAGCUGCGGCGUAUUGUUUCGCAAAUGACAUUGCUACACCCGGUACCCCCAUUCGUUGCGCAGCAGGAAACUGUCCGUUGGUGGAAACGAACCUUGCCACUGUGUCUUUUUCAUUUUUGGAUGUCGGAAAAGGUGGUGUCAGUGGCUUUGUUGCUGCGGACAACACCAAUAGAAUCCUCGUUCUAGCUUUCCGUGGCAUUCGAAGCGUAGAGACUGGUAUCACUACGCUUGAUACUAGACUUGUGGAUACCUCUUUGUGCGGCGCGACAGUGGGCUGCCAGGUGAACGAAGGCUUUCAGGACUCCUGGGAUUCAGUGUCUGCCAGAAUCACCAGGGAAAUUGCCAAUGCCCAAGCUGCUACCACAUUCACUACGCUUGUAGUUACUGGGCACGGCGUUGGAGGAGCUUUGGCUACCCUUGCAGCAACCCUAUAUCGUACCACACCACCUGUAGCUGCUGUUACAACUAUAGAUUUGUAUACAUACGGCAGCCCCCGUGUCGGAAAUGCCAUAUUUGCAACUUUUGUCACCACAGGAAAUGAUGCCAUCAACUUCCGAGCAACUCAUACUGAUGACCCGAUUCCGAAAUUUCCCAGCCGUGCUCUUGGCUAUUUGCAAUGGGGUCCCGAGUAUUGGAUCCGAGCUCCGACGGGCCAGGCUGUGCAUACGACUGAUAUAACGAAGCUUAGUGGCACAGAGACACCUUUCGGUAAUGGCGGAACGCCUCCAAUAUUCGACAUUCCAGCUCAUUUGUGGUACUUUAAUGAGGUGGCGAAGUGCAUUUGA